AUAUUCCUGGAGAAUCGCCUUUAAUACUCAAAUUCUGUGCAGAUGUGUAAUUCUAACAAGGCAGAGUUAGAUUAGAUACUAGGAAGAAAUUCUUUACUGUGAGGAUGUAGAGACACUGGAACAGGUUGCCCAAGGACGUUGUGGAUGCCCCAUUCCUGGCAGUGUUCAAGGCCAGGUUGAAUGGGGCUUUGAGCAACCUGGUCUAGUGGAAGGUAUCCCUGCCCAUGGCAAGGGGUUGGAACUGGAUGAGCUUUGAGGUCCCUUCCAACACAAACCAGUCUGUGAUUCUACAAUCUACUGUGAAAAUAAUCCCGUUCCCUUUAGAGUGGUUUUAAAGACUUUACAGGAAUUAAUGCCAUCAUGCUUCGCUUCAAAAUGUAAAAGCUUCCCCUGUUUUUCUUUUUGCUCCUCCUAGCAGCACGAAACUCAUGCCCUCCCUUGCCACACAAGGGCAGGGAGCUCCAGGGCAGGGAGGGAAGGGCUGCUUGACAGGCACCCCCUGGACACUGUCACCCAGACAGGCAGCAGUGUUGCCUGCGCAGGCAGGAUAAACAUGUCAAAGCUGGGCAGGUGCAGGCAGGAUGCAAACUGUGCAAGCGUUCUCUGUUGAACACAAAUAAUGUCCACCACAGAAAUGCCCAUGGGUUGUGCAGGGAUGUGAUGGUGGGCGAGAAGCUAUCCAGGGAGCUCUCUUAGGACCCCUCCUGGGCAGAGGAGCAGCAGCCUGCAGUUACGGGGUUUAAAGCUCUGGCGGCUUUCCUGCUGAUCAUUUCAUUGCUGAGGAUGAGUGGCUGUGUGCUAGAAGAAAGAGGAAGCCUUUGCAGCUGUAAAAGCAUGUGAGCAUCUCAUUCACAUGCUGCUUACCAGAGUGGUGCUCAGCAUGGGCACAGGGCUGGGAGUAUAUCUGCAUGGGACUUCCUAUUAUUAUAGAGGAGCAUCCUCUAUUAUUGUUGUUAUUAUUAUUAUUAAAGCUCUAAAGCUGAAAUGAGAAUGGCAAAGGGUGGUGCUGCGCUUUGCAGAGGGUGGUGGUAGGCAAGAGGCCACAGGUGUAGAUAGAGGUGGAGAUGGAGUUAUACGAAUCAGGUGGGUUUAUGGAUUGUGCUGCAGAUGAGGAGCUCUGCACUCACUGGGAAAGGACAGGCAGUAGAGGGGUUGUGAGGGCCCAAGAAAGAGGAGGACAAAGAUGAGGCACUGGCAGGUGGAAAAGUGCUAGGAACUGGUCACUGGGCUUAGGAUGAUGGAAAGGGACAAGGAGAAUCCACUGCCUUGAAGCGUGCUGAGAAAGGAAGUGAAGAACGAAGGGAGAGGAAGGCAAACAGGCUGAGGUGCUUGGUGACCAAAGCAAAGAUGAAGGUGAAUACUGAGAGCUUGGGAAAGCUAGGACUGAGCUGUAGUAGUUUUGGAGCACUGAAAGCAUAAAAAUACUAACACUAUUUUAAGCCGAUAAUGAUGAAAGAUGAACUGAGGACGCGAAGACAGGAUCAAAGUGUUGAAGCACUGAGGUUCUGAAGCAGAAGGAUCUCUGUCUUUAUAGAGGCAUUUUACUUGCAUAGGCAGGGGGAUGCGGUGCUGCUGCCUUUAGUGGGGAGCUGGUUUUGUGGACGGCUUUGCUGCAAAGGACAGUGGCAGCUCCUGGCAGUGGGGUCCCCUUGAGAACCUGUACUGCCCUCUCAAUCUUUGAAUGAAGCAGCCUGAACCCACUUCAGAAACACCAGUGGCAUCUUUCUCUGAUGGCUUUUCUUUCCAGACCACAAACCGCCUAGAGGGACCCAAUCCUGUGCUAGCAAUGGCCUCUCAGCAAGUGAUCACAGUCCAGCCACAGUGUUCAAUGGCCCCACGGGCAGGCGAGUGGCAGUCAGGGCUGAUGGACUGCUGCUCCGACUGUAACGUGUGUCUUUGUGGAACCUUCUGCUUCCCCUGCCUGGGGUGCCAAGUGGCUGAGGACAUGGAUGAGUGCUGCAUGUGUGGCCCCAGCGUGGCCAUGAGGACACUCUACCGCACCAGAUACAACAUCCCGGGCUCCCUUCUGGGUGACUUUGCCUCCACUGUGUUCUGCCCCAUGUGUGCUCUCUGCCAGCUGAAGAGAGACAUCAACCAGAGGAAGGAGCUGGGCAUAUUCUCGUAAGAUGUUGCCGUCCUCACUACACCCUGCAGAGCUGCUGUGGGCAGGAGUCUCCAGUGCCUUGGGCUGUUGGGAAAUGCACCAUGGAGGGGUUGUCUUGAUUGUGAUUAAUUCCCCCUUUGCUGGGCAACGCCACCAAUAAACAGCAGAGUUUGUCUUCCU